GUAACAGGGGAGCAAGCCGCAAGCCUCGUGAGCUUUCUACAUUCCUAAGGAGGAAAGGCGAUAAAGAUAACCAAGAAGAUUUGGCGAAAUUCUGGGUUGGCAAUCCUUUCCCCGCGGUAGCAUCAUGGUAUGGCGGCCUGCAGCAAUUUGCAAUUUGCAAUUCGCAAUUUACGCGUCAAUCGCGAGCGAGCUGUACCGAUUGAUAAACAAUGGUAUAAAAGGGUAGUGGUACCCUCUUAUUCAUAUACGGCCAUGGUCUCAACCGCUUUCCUUCCCCUUUAUACGGACCUUGAACUCGGUUCCCAUUCUCUAAGCCGUUGGUGUUAAUAAUUGGAACAUUCCGCCCCAAUUAGCCAACAAUGGAACUCACUACUUGGCUUAUCGUGGGGGCGACGUUGGUGCGCUCCGUGCUCGCCAUUGAGCCAGCGCGCCAACCGCAUCAACCAACUGGAAAUGGCGACAGAAUUCUGACUUGGAAUGACACGAUGGUGAAUAACCAAUUCGGUUCUAGGUCUACAUCUGUCAGUUGGUUGUCUGGCGGCGAGGAUGGGCAGUACAUCUAUGCUGGCGAUGGCGGGGCGCUGAUCCUUGAGAAUUUCGUCACCGGCGAGAGCUCGACCUUCGUUGCUGCCGACCUGAUCCCAGACGGCGUAGCUCAGUAUUGGAUUCGACCGGAUCUCGCCAAGGUCCUUUUCGCAACUAACUACACGAAACAGUAUCGUCACUCAUACUUCGCGGAUUAUUCGGUUCUCGAUGUAGCAUCGGGCGAGCUGACACCUUUGGUUGAAGAUCAAGUCGGUGACAUUCAGUAUGCUGAGUUUGCUCCGGCAGGAGAUGUGAUUGCCUUCGUUCGUGGUAAUAACCUGUUCCUGAAUAAGAAUGGAACUAUUUCCCAGAUUACAAGCGACGGCUCUCCGGAUCUGUUCAAUGGUGUGCCAGACUGGGUAUACGAGGAGGAAAUAUUUGGCGACCGCUCCGCAAUCUGGUUUUCUCCUGACGGCGAGGUUCUUGCGUACCUGAGCUUCAACGAAACUGGAGUCGAAACUUUUACCGUGCAGUACUUUAUGGAUAACCAAGAAAUCGCUCCUGUGUAUCCUCGACUCCUGGACUUGAGAUAUCCCAAAGUGGGCACGACUAACCCAACAGUGUCUUUGACACUUCUAAAGGUCGAUAGUGAGGAGAAAUCGGCUGUUCCAAUCGACGCAUUCCCUGCGGAUGACCUGGUCAUCGGUGAAAUCGCCUGGGUUACAUCUGAGCAUAGUAGCGUUAUCUACCGCGCUUUCAAUCGUGUUCAGGACACUUCGAAACACGUCCGAGUUGAAGUAGGAGAUGCUAUCACUACUAAAGUCGUCCGCGAACGAGACGGCACAGAUGGUUGGCUGGAUAAUGACAUAGGCAUCAAAUUCGUCGGGCCAAUCAAUGGUUCUACAGAAGAAUAUUAUAUCGAUGUUUCGGAUGAGUCCGGCUGGCAACAUAUUUACCUCUACGCGGUUGAUGGCUCAAGCGCUACUCCGCUUACUGAGGGCGAGUGGGAGGUAACAGCGGUUCUUAAAGUCGAUAACAAGCGCGAGUUAGUCUACUAUACAUCUACCCAAGCCGACAGUACCGAGAGGCAUGUGUACUCGGUUUCAUACUCUACUUUGAAGUCGGAAUCGCUUGUCGACGCUACGAUCCCGGCAGUCUGGAGCGCCUCAUUCUCGUCGGGUGGUGGAUAUUAUAUCCUUAGCUAUGCAGGGCCUGAUGUACCUUACCAGGAGUUGUACGCUAUUAACGACACCCAGACACCCCUUCGCACUAUCACCUCGAACGACGCCCUCUGGAAUAAAAUCCAAGGAUACAACUUACCAAAUAUAACAUAUUUUACUUUGGAUCACCCCGACGGGUACAAUUUGAACGUCUUGCAACGACUUCCCCCUAACUUUGACCCCGCCAAAAAAUACCCGGUUCUCUUCACGCCCUAUGGAGGACCGGGCUCGCAGGAGGUAUUGAAGUCUUUCGAGUCGAUCGGAUGGAACGCGUACGUCUCAUCGGACCCGGAACUUGAGUUUAUUCAAUACACGGUUGAUAAUCGUGGAACAGGCUACAAGGGCCGGAAAUUCCGCGCGCUUGUCGCAUCCCACUUAGGCGAGUUCGAGGCGGCAGACCAGAUAUGGGCCGCGCAGGAACUAGCUUCUCGAAACUCUUUCAUUGAUGCAGAGAAGGUUGGCAUUUUCGGGUGGUCGUUUGGCGGAUAUCUAUCUGCGAAAGUAGUGGAAGCGGACUCGGGCGUUUUCACCCUGGGCCUGAUAGUCGCACCGGUCACUGACUGGCGAUUCUACGACAGUAUGUACACGGAGCGCUAUAUGAAAACAUCACAACUAAAUCCGGACGGGUACAACAAGACAGCGAUACGUAAGCCGGAUGGAUUUAAGAAUAUCGCUGGCGGGUUCUCCAUCCUGCAUGGUCUCGGAGACGAUAAUGUGCACUACCAGAACACGGCAGCUCUUCUCGACCUUCUUGUUGGGGCCGGUGUGUCGCCUGCUAAGAUGCAAUGGCGAGUUUUCACGGAUAGCGACCACGGUAUUUCGUAUCACGGUGCAUCGACAUAUUUAUACAAAUUCUUAACAGAAUUGUUGUUUCGGGAGAAGACACGGACGAGUCAGACCUUGGCACACCAAUGGGCAAGGAGGUCGAAGACGCAGCUUUUAGAAGAGCAAUGAAAGGUACUCAACUAUAACGCAAAAAAUUAACCUUGACCUCAAUUAGGAGAGUAUAGGUAGUUAAUAAUUAUAAUAGGCAAAUGCUGUGUUCAUUGAAAUGUGUUUCUAAAUGUUGGAUUACAACCAAAUUUCUUGGCCGCAAGCCCCUUUUUUAUGGUCAUAGCUUCUUAGGUAGGUACUUCUAUUCAUAAAUUCGCAACUUAAAUAUUUUCUAUAAACAUUUUUAAGCCUAGAACAUCUGUCG